AUGACUCGAGUGGUGUUAUUGGAGAAAUUGUAUAAGAAGAUUGGGGUGAAUCAAAAUGAUAUCGAAUUGAAAAUAAGUUACUUACCUAUCAUUGCAGGAGAAAAUAUGCCACCACUCAUUUUACGAGGGGAUGAAUGUCUUGCAGCUUAUCUUUUGGAUUGUGGAGAGAACAAUUGUAGAGUUGCACUACGUGUGGAGCUCAUUAAGAGAGAAGAUAUAUGUGACAUGGAAGUUGAACGCAACAUGAAAGAAAAUGAACAAAGUUUAGUAGAUGAUUACUUUGACCGUGAAUUUUACUUUGAAAAUAAUAUUUGUGAAGCUGCUUCUGCACCAGGCGAAAGUGGUGUUAAUCUAGGUUGUGAACCUGUGGACCUUCUUAACAAAAGGACAACAUCAUCAUCUCCAACUCCAAAUCACAUUGACCCACUGAACUACUAUGAUUCGUUGGACCACCAUGAUGAACAAAAUCAAGUCCCUAGUGAAGACACAUUUAGUUUCCCAGAUGGGUCAGAUUUGGCAAUUGGUCAAGAAUUCAAGAACAAAGAUGAGGCAGUGCGUGCAGCAAAAGUUACCAACUCAGAGCGUUUCUCAAUACGAACUUAUUGUAACACUCACACUUGUUCCCUUAUUAGCCGAAAAAGAAAGCAUUGUCAAGCAAGUGCUGCAGUAGUUGCUAAUGUCGUGAGGUCAAGUUUCGAUGGUCAAAAAGAGACACCGAAGCCAAAAGCAAUAAUGACGAUUAUGCAAAACAAUCACAUGCCAAUAACAUAUUGGAAAGCUUGGAAGGGGAAAAAACUUGCAAACAACCUUCUUAGAGGUUCACUUGAAUUAAGUUUUCAAAAUCUUCCAGCUUACUUAUACAUGGUUCGAAAGAUGAAUCCAGGUACGAUCAUGCAUUUGGAGGUGGAUGAAGAUUCUAAAUUCAAAUAUGUUUUCCUAGCAUAUGGAGCAUGCAUCAAAGGAUUUCGUUGCAUGAGAAAGGUUAUUGCGGUGGAUGGGACUUGGUUGAAGACCAAGUACAAAGGUGUAAUGCUCAUUGCAACAGCACAAGAUGGUAAUUUUCAUCAAUAUCCUAUUGCUUGGGCUGUGGUUGAUUCAGAGAAUGGUGCUUCAUGGUCAUGGUUCCUUACAAAGUUACAAGAACUUAUACCAGAUGAUAGUGAUUUAGUCUUUAUUUCAGAUAGAAAUCAAAGCAUCAUCAAUGGGGUGUCAAAUAUUUAUAGGAAGUCACAACAUGGGCAUUGUAGGUGGCAUCUGUCUCAGAAUAUUAAAGCACGUGUCAGAGUUAAAGGUGUCAUAAAAUUAUUCGAAGAAACUGCCAAUGCCUAUAAAGUUUCCGAUUUCAACAAACUCUAUGAUGAAUUGAAGAAUAGAUAUCCCGUAGCAGUGAAGUAUCUUGAAGAAUCAAAUCUCACACUUAGUAAAUGGCCGAGAUCUCACUUUACACGUUGUCAGUACAAUAUUAUGACUACGAAUGGUGCAGAAUCUAUUAAUGCAGCACUGAGGGAACCUAGAGAGUACCCUAUCAUUGCGUUGUUGGGGGCUAUGCAGGCAAAAGUCUCUGAGUGGUUCAACAAUCGCUGCAAUAUUGUGGCAUCUAUCAAUACAAAGUGUAAAGAAAAUGAUGCCAUAAUUGAUUUAGGUCAAAGACAAUGCUCAUGUCGUGUCUUUGACCUUGAUCAACUUCCAUGUGUGCAUGCAUUAGCAUCAUAUGAGCAAGCUGGAAUAGAAGUGUAUGAUUUGUGCUCUAAUUAUUAUAAGUUGGAAACUUGGGCGUUGGCUUAUGUUGAUACCAUUUAUCCAGUCCCUCAACAAGAAGAUUGGGAUAUCAAUGAAGUUGAAGUAUUGCCGAAGGUAUUGCCUCCAAAUGUCCCAAUCAAGCGUGGUAGAGCAAAAUUGAAAAGAAUCCCAUCAGUUGGUGAGGGAAAAAAAUGGAUAAAAAGGUGUGGUUUAUGCGGGCAGCCUGGUCACUCCAAAAAAACAUGCCCCUUACGAGCCACAACUUCUAAAUUGUAA